GCAGGGAGAUGCCGACCAACUGCGCGGCGGCGGGCUGCGCGGCCACCUACGACAAGCACGUCGACGUCAGCUUCCACAGGUUUCCUUUGGAUCCUAAAAGAAGAAAAGAAUGGGUUCGCCUGGUUAGGCGCAAAAAUUUUGUGCCAGGAAAACACACUUUUCUUUGUUCAAAGCACUUUGAAGCCUCCUGUUUUGACCUAACAGGACAAACUCGACGACUUAAAAUGGAUGCUGUUCCAACCAUUUUUGAUUUUUGUACCCAUAUAAAGUCUAUGAAACUGAAGUCAAGGAAUCUUUUGAAGAAAAACAACACUUGUACCCCAACCGGACCAUCUAAUUUAAAAUCCAACAUUAGUAGUCAGCAAGUACUACUUGAACACAGUUAUGCCUUUAGGAAUCCUAUGGAGGCAAAAAAGAGGAUAAUUAAACUGGAAAAAGAAAUAGCAAGCUUAAGAAGGAAAAUGAAAACUUGCCUACAAAAAGAGCGCAGAGCAACUCGAAGAUGGAUGAAAGCCACAUGCUUGGUGAAGAAUCUAGAAGCAAAUAACAUAUUACCCAAGGGCACAUCAGAACACAUUUUACCAACUGCCUUAAGCAGUCUUCCUUUGGAAGACUUCAAGAUACUUGAACAAGAUCAACAAGGUAAAACGUUACCAAUUCUCUAAAUCUAAAAUAGACCAAGAGUACCUUCAUUUAUGAUUACCCUGCAUAGAACUUGAUGCCCACCUUUCAUUCUAUUCAAAGGUAAAGAUAUUUAAGGAAAUUAUGCCAAAAGUGGGUAUUUAAUCAAGUUUUACUUGAAGUAACAUUACUACUGUAUAAUUUAUGAAGACUUGAUUACAAAAAAUAUGGAAAACUUUCCAUGAAACUUU